AUGGUCGACGCACAGGGGACCGUCCUGGUGCCAAGCCACAUAAUCGACCACUGGCUACCCGGCGUACGGCGACAGCACCGCCCAGCGCGAUACCAAGCACACGACUUGGCGAGCUUCGGCAUGGUCUCGCCCAAUCAGAUGCCGCGUGGCGUGCAGGGGCCACAGCGGUCGCAGGGCGGCCAGGCAUCGAUCUCGACUUCCUCGAUGGCCGCUUCUUCUGCUCAGCCACACUCCACCGGCUUCACCUCUUCCCCAUCGCCCUCGUCCGCGCACCGUGAGUCACUGCGAUUCGCCCACAACAUCAGCAGCAACAGCAACGCCAACGUGUCGCUCGUGCCUGGAGGCGGGCAGCACCAGCAGGCAGGCGGACCAUCACAUGACCAGAUUGGCAGUCUAGCUAUUACCGGUACAAAUAACACGUACCGCAACGCUACCGCCGCUGCGCCCACGUCGGCUCACGCGUACUCCCCUUCCGCGGAUUCCCUCUGGGUGCCUCAGGAUUACUCUCACUCAUCGGGCUCAGCAGGCUUGGCCUUUGACAACAACGGCGGCAGCGCAUACCCAGCUGACGACAUUUCAUGGCUCCAAACGGAGCAGCCUGGACUUGUGUAUGAGCAGUCUUCGCAGCACCAGCCUUUGCCACCGCGUCCGCGCAACCCGUCCACUCCGGCCAUAAGAGUCACUACCGACUUCGCCGGCGCACAAGACUUCUCACAGCCUCAGGACGCGACCUUUUCCGCGUCAUCUGCCAACUCGUCUUUGCCACCUCACGAGUACCACGCCUAUAACAACUUCUCCUCUGGCCAUUUAAGCCCCCAAAGGCCGCACUUCAUGCCUCAGGUGCAGGAUUCAGAAAAUAUGCAGACGCCCGUUUCGCCUGUGAGCCCUCAGCAUUCGCCCCACGAUACAUCUAUGGCCGAACCGGGAUCGAGAAAGCGGUCGCAUUCAGAAAUGUCACAUCAAGAUGUGGCUGCAAUCGCGAAUGCAGCAGCGCACAGUCGAUCGGGUUCGAUAGUCUCUGCGACGUCACCAAACGAACCGUCGGAUGAGUUCUAUCCUAAACGACAGAAUACACGCGCGUUCAAGCGCGGCGACCCUCCUAUGAAUGAAGAGCACAAGUUCAUUUGUGAUUUCUCAGAAGAAUGCAGAGGGCAGACAUUUGAUCGAAAAUGUGAAUGGAGCAAACAUAUGGACAAGCACGAUCGGCCUUACCGCUGUCCGCAUCCAUCAUGUGCCAAACUACAAGGUUUCACGUAUUCUGGUGGACUCCUACGACAUGAGCGCGAAGUUCACGGGAAGCAUGGUGGGCCAAAGGCUCAACUAAUGUGUCCAUACACGGAUUGCAAGCGACAUUCCGGAAAGGGCUUUACCAGGAAAGAGAACCUCAACGAACACUUGCGACGUGUGCAUGCGACAAGAGAGCAAGACUCGCAGAAUCCAUCGUUGAGGAGAGAUGCAACUGAUAUUACCUUGGGCCUGGACGAAGGAGAAACCCCAGCUUCACGACUAUCUGAGACUGGCGAUCAGGACGAACUGGUCACAUCACCAAUGCUAGGGAAGCGCAAGCGCGAAAGCCUCUGUGGCUUGGAGACCGAUUCCAUUGACGACCUCGAGAAUAUGAGGCAAGAAGUCAAGCGUCUACGUGCGGAAGCCGAGCAGAAGGAUGAACGCAUACGCCAGAUGGAGGAGGCGGCCACCAAGAACGAGGAGCGAACACGACAACUUGAGGCGUUGGUCAAUAUGCGACAAUUACAACAGGCACCGAACGAAGGAUAG